AUUACUUCAGCCAACAUCCUAUUCAGCGUCCAUUUUAGAUUGAGUUUUAAUUUCAAUACACGUGAUCUUCUUUAGCCUUUUUAAUAAUUAUUUGCUUCCUUAAAGUCAGCACAAGGUACUUUCCUGAGCGCAGUAAAUUAACACGGACCAUGGCCGUCGUAAACGUUUUUCAGGAUGGUGCGUGUAAGAACCUUGCGAAAGAGGUGAUGCUCUCAUCACCAGGAGCCACCGCACGAGUAUUCUGGCACAUUGACCAGCAUAACUACCAUACUGGCGACUUGUCGGAGCAUUUCGUGGAAAACAUCGCUGGCUCGCUAGCGCAGCUGAUAGCGCAAUACCACGCUCUGUCCGCUUCGGAGAUCAGCGUGGAAGCCCACUGCAACUUUUCCAGCUGUAAAGUUCUGACGGAUAUGGUCUGGUAUCUGGGCCAGUAUCAUAUUCCUGUAAAACGCCACAUGAACCCUACUAUAAUGACUGCCCAGCAAGCCAUAAUGCUACGACUUCAUUCAUUGCACGGGAGCGACAUGAAUGGUGACACAAAGUUCCCCGUAUGCCUUAUUACCGAUGAUGAAAGAUUGAUUUACGACUGCCUGCAAUUACUGGAAACCCGUAUGAUCUUAUGCACCACUCUUACGGAGUGGAAUUCAGCGGGCGUCGUUCAGGUUCUGCAGAGCGGUGGGCACGUUUAUCAAUGGAGUAAAGAAUACGGCGUCGGAGUCAAGUAUCCGGUCUUUGACGGACUAUUAAACCCCGCCAUUCAGUAUGGUUGAGCUACUGUCCAUUUGUCAAUACUUAAAAUUAAGGAAUUUGAGAGCAUCGUUGCUAAUUUGUUGCUGUCACUUAACCGUUAAGACUUACUGUUAAGAACACUGUACUGUACAUAAUUGAAUUGUGCAGUUAAAAUUACUCGUGUACAUAUACUAUAGAACUAUAAUUAAUGCGAAAGCUAUUGAUCAAGUAUUGCCGCACGACUUGCGAGUACAUACUUAA